AUGAAAAACACUCGAGCGAAUAUCAGACCACCUAAACGAAGUUCAUCAUUAGUAACAAGAAUAACGCGACCCAUACUUGAACAACAACGAUCACAACGAACAGUUUCGCCUGCUUCAUCAUUUUCUUCAUCGAUUCUUACAAAAGGUAUGUCAGAAAGAAUAACACCAAUACAAUUCUCAAAACAACAAAAAUCUGACACACAUUCAUCAAAGUAUCAUCGUCAUCGUACAAUUGAUUUUUCACGUCGACGAACUAUUGCUAGUGAAAAUGAACAGAUUUCAAAUAAAGAAAAUCUUUCAACAAAACAUCAAGAAAAAUUGCCAAAAGAUAUUUAUCGAUUUUCUCCAUUAUCAUCAAAAAAUGAAGUUGAAAUUCGUCGUCCAUCAUCAAAACAUAUUGUAACAAAACAAUAUUAUUUUCAUUCAUCUCCAACAGAAACAACUGAAGAUUUAUUAAAUAAUUCUUAUGGCUUAACAUUACUUAAGCAACAAAAACAACAACAUCAACAGCAACCAGUUAAACAAAGACAUUCCGUAGCUGCUGUUUUUACGUUAUCACAAAUUCCUAAUCAUAUAUCAUCACAAAAACAAUUAAAUCCUAGAACAUUUCUUCAACAAGAAUAUGCACUUAAUUCGCUCGAUGAUUUAUUAUGUGAUCGUGAAGUUGAAAGCUACUUUUAUCCAACAUCUCAAUCAGAUCAUAUUUAUAUGAAUUUAGAUAAUUCAUUAGAUUCUUAUCCAUCAUCAUUAUCUUAUAUUCAUGAAACUUUAUGUUGA